AUGGGCUGCGGGAAGCAGCCGGGGGCCUUGCAGGGAUUCGGGAAGGAGCGGGCAGCGGCGCUGGCUGCUGCCGUCCUCCCUCCCGGCUCCUCCACUUGCCUGCCGGCGCACGGAGCUGUUCCCGUCGCUGCUCCUUGCUCCGCAGGGGCCGCACGGCCCAGCCGCUCCCCGGAAGCGGUGCUGGAUGGUGAUAAAGAUCAUGCACUAAAGAACAACCGCGGCUUCUCUCCCCAGUCGCUCAAGUCCCGCGGUUACGUGAAGGAGCAGUUCGCGUGGAGGCAUUUCUACUGGUACCUGACCAACGAGGGCAUCCAGUACCUGCGCGACUACCUGCACCUGCCGCCCGAGAUCGUGCCCGCCACCCUGCGCCGCAGCCGCCCCGAGACCGGCCGGCCGCGGCCCAAAGGUCUGGAAGGUGAACGUCCUGCUCGUCUGACUCGGGGAGAAGCUGACAGGGACACUUACAGACGCAGCGCCGUCCCACCUGGUGCUGACAAGAAGGCUGAAGCUGGUGCUGGAGCAGCUACUGAAUUCCAGUUCAGAGGCGGAUUUGGUCGUGGACGUGGUCAGCCUCCUCAGUAGAACUUCUGCUUAUGUUUUGUGUAUAAUAAAAUAGGUGAAAAUGUCA